CAAGUUCCACUCGGCGUCUGUCGGCGACCAAAUGUUUAAAUUUCAAGUACAUUUGUUUAUAAUCACAAGUGUGUUUCCAAAUAAAAUUAAACUUAAGCUCAAUGACGAGCUUUUGAUUAAACUUAUUUGUUUAUUUAUUGUCAGUGGUUUUUUCUAUUUUUCACAUUAAUUGUUCUUUUCUAUAAAGCGCAUGGGGUGGCCAGUGGGUAACAACCGCGAGUGAAGCAUUAUGGGUAUGGCGGUGAUCGGGGACUAAUUUUGCAGAUUGGAGAGCAAAUAAGCUCACAUCUAAAAUUGUGGUGAAUGUAUGGAUGUAUAUGAAGAAGCUUGAUUAACUAACAGUAAUUCAACCUCUCUAACUUCAAUCAAAUUUUGUAAUGAUCUGUGAUGACUCAUGUGCAAUUCCGAUUUCUAUUCUUAAGCUUCAGUUUAUAAUUUUGCCUAUUCCUGGAAGAUUUUGUGUUGCCAUGGCAUUGCUGCUUCGGAGGUCAAUCUUGUGUGGUCAGUUAGGACAAGUUUUGUGUCCUAGAGGAUCCAGGCAUUUGAUGAGAAUGAAUUUGGCACAACCAGUAAGAAAAAUCAGUUCCCAUUCAGCUUACGUGACAAAAUCGUCUCACUAUACAAUCAUUGGGGCUUUAGUAGGCACCAUGACUGGUCUUGGUCUUAUUUUGAACAAACAAAAGCUCUCACAGGCUAAAGAAGCAAGUACUUCAAAUGAGGAUGAAACACCACAAGGUAAAGGUCCAGUUUACACUAUGGAAGAAGUUUCCCAGCACAACACAGCAGAGAAAGGCAUCUGGGUCACAUACCAAGGCAAUGUGUAUGACAUUACAGAUUUUAUUGCACACCAUCCUGGUGGCUCACAGAAGGUUAUAUUGGCAGCUGGAGGAGCGUUGGAACCAUUUUGGGCUCUUUAUGCAGUGCACAAUACUCAGCAUGUCCGGGACUGGUUGGAAGAAUUUCGCAUUGGUUCCUUGGCCAAAGAUGACAGUUCUCAUCACGCUGCUGAUAUCAAGGAUCCAUUUGCUAAUGACCCAGCACGUCACCCAGCACUGAAGGUCAAUACCAAGAAGCCAUUCAAUGCUGAACCACCCAUGCAGCUCUUGUCAGACAAUCUGGUUACUCCUAACGAGAUCUUCUUUAUUCGUAACCAUCUACCUGUUCCCGAUAUUGAUGAAAACAAGUAUGAGUUGGAAAUAACUGGCGAAGGAAUUAACACUGUUACACUCUCUCUUGAGGACCUGAAGACCAAGUUUCCAAAGCACUCAGUCACGGCAACUAUGCAAUGUGCAGGUAACCGAAGAAGUGAAAUGAACCAAAUCAAGAUGGUCAAAGGUCUUAACUGGGGAGCAGCCGCCAUUAGCACUGCAGAGUGGACGGGAGUUCUUUUGAAAGAUGUACUAAGGUAUGCUGGACUCGAUGACUCCUCUGUUGGAAAAACUGCCGCACAACACAUUCAGUUUGAAGGGGCGGAUCAUGAUAUCACGGGCUCCACGUACGGAGCUUCGAUACCUGUAAACAGUGCGCUUUCUUCUGAAAAGGACGUUCUUGUGGCUUACGAAAUGAACGGUGUUCCGAUUCCCAGGGAUCACGGCUUUCCUGUGCGACUUGUAGCCCCAGGGGUAGUUGGUGCACGCAAUGUGAAGUGGCUGAAGAAGAUUAUAUCGAGUAAAGAGGAGAGCCUCAGUCACUGGCAACAGAAUGACUACAAAGGGUUCUCCCCGUCAGUCGAUUGGGACACGGUCGACUUCAAGUCAGCUCCUGCCAUUCAAGAGCUGCCGGUCACAUCAGCCAUCUGUGAUCCACCAGAAGGCGCGGUGAUCUCCGCAGACGAGGGGGAGAUCUCACUGAAAGGUUACGCUUGGAGUGGAGGGGGGAGAGGCAUCGUCCGAGUGGACGUGUCCCUGGAUGACGGCAAAACGUGGCACGUCGCUAAACUGGAAGGAGAGGACAAGCUAGAACGUGCAUGGGCUUGGAAACUUUGGCACGCUACCCUUCCCCUGCCAGAAGGGAAGGAAGCCCUGCAGAUCUGUGUCAAAGCAGUGGAUUCGUCUUACAACUCACAGCCUGAAGGUGUUGCGCCCAUCUGGAACUUGCGCGGGGUUCUUUCAAACGCUUGGCAUCGAGUUAACGUUAAAGUUGAACAUGAGCAGUAAAAUGGUGCGACGAUGGAGGAUCAUGCAGAUGUGGUGCGCUGUACUGAAGGUGGCUUGAUCCUAUUAAUUUGCGAAGAAAAGUUUUAGUUUGUAACUAGGAAAUUGCUGGGCUGCGCCAGGAAAGCAUUCAGCUGUGUACCAACAUUUCCAAGUUGCCUUUUACCUUUGUCUCAAACCUAACCUCCGAUCAGGCGUUCUUUUUUGUUUUUCUUUUUUUUU